AUGGCCUACAGUCAUUUAGGGUAUUUCGGGUCACCCCGAUUUUCGGGAGUCAUCGGGGUUUUCUUGACACAGUUCGCACAAAACGUAAAAGAAAAACAAGAAGCUAUUGCAGUCACGUCCAGCAAGGAACCCAACAAGGAGAUAAUUUAUAUCAAAAACUGUGUAAUUAAGGGCUAUCAUGAGUAUAAAGUAAAGCCACUUGUGACAAGUGAUUUGGAACUUCAGGUCGACAGAGAAUAUUCAAAUAUUCAUGAUAUAGAUGCAUGUGUAGUCUGGGUGCCAGAAAAUGUUCCAGAGAACCUGGAGAAUUCAGUGAGUGAUGAAAAGAGAGGCCUGAAAUUAAGUGACAUAGCAGGUCUUCCUUGUGGUCAUGUUCCGAGAGGUUUGGCGAGUGCCUUUAGGUAUGUGAUGAAUGCUGGAGGUGUAAUAACUGCAAUCGUUACUGGUGAACCAUUGCCAAGUUUUCCACCCUGGCCCCAUGUGCUGGAAAAAGGAGGAGGUGUUGUUAUACCCUGCCAAUACAAAGCGUGUCCCAAAAACUUCCAUGCAGCAUUGACUGUUAUAGAGCAGCAUAUUGAAAAUAUGCCUGAAAAGUCGGUCAUUGAUGUCUCCUUAUCAUAAAGUGUACAUGCAUCACAUAUGAUUCUUUGUAUCAAAGUUCAUUUCAUAGAAUGUGAAGUUG